UCUUUUUUGCUGUUGUUUUCAGAAUAACAAACACCACCAACUGCCCUCCCCUCAAGAUAUGGUAAAAGAUUCCCCAUUAAGGCUUCAAUUCCCGGUGUCCAGUGGCAGCCAACAUCGUGCUAAAGAACUUCAGAAAAACUCUACAGCUCAGUCGGUGUAUGCUGCAGGAAGGAAUGGUAAACUCGAUUCCUUGGAUACAAACUCAAAUUCAGACCCAGUAUUUCCUGAAGACAGCCAACAGGAUGUCAAUAUAACUCAAGUGAUGACUGAACGUAUGAAUGCUGUGAAGAAACUGCAGAAGAACCCUCAUGACACUCAAGCAUUAGGCAGCAUGUAUCGAGCACAGAAAGAGUUGAAUCGGUGGGCUCAGUCAAAGCAGUUACCUGGUUUAUUUACUGGAAGUACUGGAGCCAAAGUGAUGACACUUGAGGAGUUAAAUGGACCUGACAAAAAAUUACAAGCUUGGGCGAAAAAGCAACAAAUAAUCAAUGCUGCUCCUGUUAAAGGUGGCAUAGGUAUGCACUUACUACAGAAGAUGGGUUGGCGCGAAGGGGAAGGACUCGGCAAGAACAGCAAAGGACCAACAGAACCCAUCAUUGUCAAUGUGAAAAUUGACCGCAAAGGUCUCACAUCACAUGGUGAAGAUCCAAAGAAAUCUCAAGCUGUAGAACUGGCUAAACACAUUUCAGGUAAACAUCCUGUCUCUGCUUUGGUUGAACUAAGCAACAAAUUAAAGUGGGGUGCUCCGAUAUUCCAGCAGAUUGAAGAGAGGGGCCCCGACCACAAAAAGACUUUUAAAUACAAGGUUUCUGUCAACAACAUCACAUACCAACCGACCACUUCAAGCAACAGCAAGAAGACAGGCCGUGCCAAAGCCGCUAUUGUUUGUCUUCACAAUCUCGGCUUGCUGCCCAAAGAAUUCACAGUAUAAUAGACCUCCUUAGAUCUAUCCCCCCAACUCCAAUAACAACUUUCUUAUUUUUCCAUGCAAAAAUGUUUCAGUUAUUUCUUUCUGUUUGUUAAACUACAAAUAACAGCAACAAACUGCUAUUACUACUUCUACUACUAUGACAACAGUAACAAGAACAACAACAUAGCUGAGCUGAUUACAACACCACCACAACCACCACCACCACCACCACCACCACCACCACCACCACUACUAUCUGACAGUAAUCUUCCUUUCUGUAUGAUUUUAGGGGUUUUUUUUCUUUCUCCUUCUGUUAAUUUCUUCACCGCAUUUAGUAACUUUGGUGAAGGGACUCUGUUGGUAUAUAUUUAUAUAUAAAUAUAUAUAUACACAUAUAUAUAUAUAUAUAUAUAUAUAUUCACACACAUAUAUACUUGCACAUAUAUACAAUAUACAUGUAUUUACAAACAGACAGACAUAUAUGUAUAUAUAUUCACACAUAUUUACAUGUAACAUGUGUGUGUAAAUAGAUGUGUGUGUAUAUGUAUAAGUGUGUGUGUAUGUGUGUAUAUAUGUAUGUAUAUAUAUUUGAGAAUUAGAAACAAAUUUUGUAUUUAAUUACACAAAAACAUUGAAAAGUCUUUAAAUAUUUCUUUUGUUUCUUUGUUUACUUUUUUUUUUCCUUUUCAUUUGAAACCAAAAAAAGAAAAAAAACAAAACACCCCCACCCCACAAAAAUUGGAUUUUGACAAGUCACCAUUUCCUCUAGUUUAAAUCUGAGAGCUUGACCUAUUCUGUGGAGAUUUAAGCUGUAGUUGAUCACUUGCAACUCUAAGCACCAAACAAUGAUCAUGCAAGAAAAAAAUGUAAUUUCACAACAAAACUCUAUUGUAUUCGCUUGUGUUUUUUUUAUUUAUAAAUGUCCUCUGGUUGAAAUAAAAUCUAUGCUUCUAUAAUUAUA